AUGGUUCCGCCGCCUCCGAGCCGGGGAGGAGCGGCGACGGGGCAGCUGGGCAAGAGCCUGGGUCCGCUGCUGCUGCUCCUGGCGCUGGGACACACGUGGAGCUACCGCGAGGAGCCCGAGAACAGCGACAGGGAAGUCUGCUCAGAAAACAAAAUCGCCACGACCAAAUACCCGUGUCUGAAGGCCUCGGGAGAGCUCACCACGUGUUUCAGGAAAAAGUGCUGCAAAGGGUAUAAAUUUGUUCUCGGACAAUGCAUCCCAGAAGAUUACGAUGUGUGUGCCGAGGCCCCCUGUGAGCAGCAGUGCACAGAUAACUUCGGCCGCGUGCUGUGUACUUGUUACCCGGGAUAUCGCUAUGACCGUGAGAGACACCGGAAACGGGAGAAGCCCUACUGCCUGGAUAUCGACGAGUGUGCCACCAGCAAUGAGACUCUGUGUGCACACAUCUGUGUCAACACCUUGGGCAGUUACCGCUGUGAAUGCAGGGAGGGCUACAUCCAGGAGGACGAUGGGAGGACGUGCAUCAAGGGAGACAAAUACCCCAAUGACACUGGGCACGAUGAGAAGGCUGAGAAUGCGGUGAGAGCCGGAACCUGCUGCGCUUCAUGCAAGGAGUUUCACCAGAUGAAGCAGACGGUGCUGCAGCUGAAGCAAAAGAUCGCUCUACUCCCCAACAGUGCUGCCGACCUGGGCAAGUACAACACUGGUGACAAGGUGCUGGCCUCAAACGCCUACCUUCCAGGGCCACCUGGCCUGCCUGGGGGUCAGGGCCCUCCCGGCUCGCCAGGACCCAAGGGCAGCCCAGGCUUCCCGGGUAUGCCGGGCCCUCCUGGGCAGCCCGGCCCACGGGGCUCCAUGGGACCCAUGGGACCACCCCCUGACCUGUCCCAUAUUAAGCAAGGCCGGAGGGGCCCUGUGGGCCCACCAGGUGCACCAGGAAGAGAUGGCUCUAAGGGGGAGAGAGGAGCUCCUGGACCCAGAGGGUCUCCGGGGCCACCUGGUUCUUUUGACUUCCUGCUGCUGAUCCUGGCUGACAUCCGCAAUGACAUCGCUGAGCUGCAGGAGAAGGUGUUCCAGCACCAGACUCUCUCUCCUCACUCUUCGGCAGAGGAGUUCUUACCUCAGGAAUUUGCCAGCCAUCCGGAGACCAUGGACUUGGGCUCUGGAGACGACUACUCAAAGGGGACUGAGACAAGAGACGUGGGGACCCCCAGGGACUUUUAUCCUUAG